AUGAAUGUGACUGCAGAUUUUAUUCCAAGAUUUGAUGGAAGGGAGGCCUAUUGGUGGCUAAUCCAGGCUGAGCAAUAUUUUAGGUCAAGAAGAAUGAGUGAAGAGAUGAAGCUUGAGCGGGUUGUAGCAUUUUCAUUGAGAGAAGAUGCUCUUGAUUGGUGGAUUUCUUGGAAGGAGAGUCAUCCAAAUACUUGCAACAGUGAAAUUCAAGAACCAAUAACAUUACCAACUGAAGAAAAGAUUGGUGGUAAAGUUGAUGACUCACAAAUCCAACAACACAGUGAAAAAGAAGUUUGUAAAGUAGAUAUCAAAUCUGAUUGCGAGAGCGACAAAGUGAAAAAUACAGAUUCAUUGAUUUCCGCUAGUGAAGCAAAGGUCCAGAGAAGUGACAGAGUUGGAUAUUUCAUCACAUGCAAAGUCUAA